UUAUUGAUCGUCCUGCCUUCGUCCUCCACCGUGCACCACCAUUGUUUCUGGUUCAAUUCAGCAAAAAGGAAAGGGGAACCAUAAUGAACCGGAGAAAAAACUUGAAGCCGCAUGCUUCAGGUGAGAUUUCAAAUAUUGGAAAGCCGCAAACGAAGAAGAAGUCGCAUGCUUCAGGGAUAAAACUUCCUCUGUUUAAGAGAGAUAUCGAUGAACUCAUAGACGAGUUUGUGGAGGGUGAUUUCACAACGUUUGAUGAAAUGAAGAGGGUGUGGCUAUCACGAAAAUUUUCUUAUAUAUAUGAAGCCAUUCCGAACACCAGCUUAGCCUUUUUCAUGCAGUCAUUAUAUGCUCAUACCAUCGGUCACAUGGUUAGUACUGGAGAUUCUUUUUCACGAAGACUUGGAGGUCUUUACUGUCUCUAUUGCCUUCAUGAGACCCAACCUUUUAAACCCAAGUUCAGAAUCUAUAUCUCGCUUCAAGAGCUUGGGAAAUUUAGGGAUCUUAUAGUUGAGGCAAAAGAUAAAGGUGUAGAGAUAGCUACUGCUGUGGCAAAACAAAUGUUUGAUAAAAACGUGUUUAUAUACGGAGCUGUGGAAGUUGAUGAAGCGUCUGCAACCGAGAAACUUAAUCAAUCAACAGAACUACAGAAUGCACUUGUGCGCUGUGCAUAUGAAAAAUUAAACUCUAAUACUGAGAUUGAGAAAUUUAUCCAUCUGGAUAUGGGUAAUGAAGUUGGUCUGAGUUCCCUACAUAAAAUGUCUAUAGAAUAUGCAGAGGCCAAGAAGCGCGCAAUCAAAGGUGCAGGAGAAAUAGUGGAGAUUGAUGACAUAAAGCACAUAGCGGAAGAGAAAGAGCUGAUGGGAGAGAGAGUGGAGAAACUGAAAAAGGAAUGGGAUUCGCAAAAAAAUUCAUUUUAUGAAAAAACAAAGGUUGAUUCUCUUGCUACGACACAGAAACUUCUGAAAGAUGUUGCACAUGGUGAAGAUGAUGGGUUUGAUGAGCUUGACCGCUUACUUUCUGAGAGCUGAUUUAGCCAUUUGCAAUCACCGGUCAAAAUUUUUUUUUAUGAAUGCCGGCAAGUGAAAAGCAAUAGAAUUUACAGGUAAGUUUGUGUCAAUCAGACUCUGUAUCAGAUGCAGAUGUUUAUCCUCUGGUUCUGACGAUGAAAUUUUAAAGAUCAGGUAAUAUAAGAGUCAGGAGCUACAACAGUCUCAUAAAAUCAAGAGAGCAAGAUGUUGAUUAGGAGAACAUAUUAGUUAGUCUUCUUGUGAACUCAGUGUCGAACAAUGAGUUUAAGGGAUGUUAGUUAGUGUCAAAUGACUAUGUCAUGUCUGCAAUUUCUCUUAUGAUGUUUUUCUUACUAAUUGUUAUAUAGUUUCCCCUCUGAUCUAAGAUCUGAUUUGCUGUAUUUUU